GCUCCGCGGACUUCUCAGAUCGGCGCUGGACCCCCCCAGGGGCCCCUCUGGCGCCGCCCCUGGCGCGCUCCGCGCGCCAGGGUGGGGGGCCCAGCGCCGAUCCGCGUGGGCCUCUGGAAGCGUGUGUUGAUGUCGCUGUCGCUUCACAGAUGGCCAAGGCAGAAUGCCGUGCGUCAGUCGGCCACAAUGGGACGCACAAAGACAUACCGAUACUGAGGAGGAGGAGGAGGAGGAGGAGGGCGACUCGAUGCCCGAUCGCGGGCGAGCCCCCGCGGCCCCCCGCGCGGAGCACCCGCAGGCCCCGUUUCUCUCGCUCGGCGGACGGCGCGCGGAGAAAAGCGGACCUGCGGCUCGGGCCGACGAGGAGGCGGAGGACGCGGAGGGGGGGGGAGGAGAACGAAGAGGAGGAGGAGGCGAGGGAGGAAGAUGAUGUGCAGAUGGCAGUUGUAGCCUGCGAAUUUGGCAGAGACGAAUCCCCUGUCUCUGCAUGUGUACAAAGCAACACUAACAUUGCACAGAGCAACCUGGCCGCUGAUGGGCAGUGGCGUCACCCCUCACCACCUGUG